CCUUUCAAGCUUGUGUUAACGUUUUAGAUAUUGUUGUUGACCUCUUUCUUCAUUAAUUUGACCGGUUGCUUGUUUGCGUCUUAGGGUUAUCGCAUGGUCUUUUAUAGACGUCUUUUUACAAUUGAUUAAUACAAUCAAAAGUUAGUGAGAUAUAAAACGAAUUUUAGUAGUAAAUAAUUUAUAAUCGGUGUUAUAAAGCAAGCUAAACGUUUGUAGAUAUUUAUUUGAGGUCCAAAAAGUGUUAUUCACCCAGUUAGUUCCAAGAAGUUUUAGUACAGCUACUAACAGAAUGGCUAAUGCUGAUAUCUCCAAGACGUUGAAUGCCAACCUUUGGGAUUCAGAUCCUGAGUUGUGGGAUAUCAUCAAGAAAGAGAAGAGGAGGCAAAUUACAGGAAUAGAGCUGAUCGCAUCAGAAAAUUUUACCACCUUAUCAGUAUUACAAUGCCUAAGUACUUGUCUACAUAAUAAGUAUUCAGAGGGAUUGCCUGGAGAGAGAUAUUAUGGUGGAAAUGAAUAUAUUGAUGAGAUUGAAAGAUUGGCCCAAAAGAGAUCUUUAGAAGCCUUCAACUUAGAUCCUGAACAGUGGGGAGUAAAUGUCCAACCUUAUUCUGGGUCACCUACCAAUUUUGCAGUCUACACAGCUGUUGCUGAACCACACGGCAGAAUAAUGGGUUUGGAUUUACCAGAUGGUGGUCACUUAACACAUGGUUUCUACACCCCAUCUAAGAAAGUUUCAGCUACUUCCUUGUUCUUUGAAUCACUGCCAUAUAAGGUGAACCCAGAAACAGGUCUUAUAGACUACGAUAAACUCCAAGAAUCCGCAAGACUGUUCAAACCAAAGAUCAUAGUAGCUGGUACAAGUUGCUAUUCGAGACCAUUAGACUACAAACGAUUCAAAGAAAUAUGUGAUGAAGUUGGCGCAUAUCUAAUGUCAGAUAUGGCGCAUAUUUCUGGUUUAGUUGCAGCAGGUGUAACUCCAAGUCCUUUUGAAUACAGUGAUAUAGUCACGACGACGACACACAAGAGUCUUCGAGGACCUAGGGCUGGUGUUAUAUUUUUCCGUAAAGGAGUACGGAAAGUCACUCCCAAAGGAGAGAAGAUCAUGUACGACUUGGAAAACAAAAUUAAUCAAGCAGUAUUUCCAGGAUUACAAGGUGGUCCACACAACAAUAGUAUUGCAGGCAUCGCAACAUCUAUGAAAGCGUCCAAAACUCCAGAAUUCGUUGCGUACGCGAAACAAAUCGUAGCCAAUGCCAAAAGACUAAGCGACGGUCUUCAAUCCAAAGGCUACAAGGUGGUCACCGGUGGCACUGACCUUCACGUAUUGUUAGUCGAUCUGAGAUCCGCAGGCUUGACAGGAUCCAAAGGAGAGUACGUGCUGGAAGAGGUCAAUAUUGCUUGCAACAAAAAUACCGUGCCUGGAGAUAAGAGUGCAUUUAAUCCCUCUGGAAUUAGAUUAGGAACUCCUGCCAUGACAACUCGCAACAUGAAAGAAAAGGAUAUCGAUCAGGUUGUAGACUUCAUUGAUAGAGCUUUGAAAAUAGCCAAAGAAGCAACAGCCCUUUCCGGACCCAAGCUUGCCGAUUUUAAGAAAGUGAUUCAUGAAAAUGCUGACAUCAGCAAGAAAGUAGCAACUUUAAAGGAUGAAAUAAACAGAUACAGCGAAAAGUUCCCUCUUCCGGGGUAUCCUGAAUAUUGAGAAUCUCCGUUCAACAUUUAUUUAUUGUGUCAUAUUCUAAUUUUUAAAUUUUUAAGAUUUAUCAAUAAAAUAUUUUAAUAAUAA